AGAAUUAUUUUUUAACUAUAUAUUUUGUAAAAGACCAUGUCUAAAGACGCUAAAAAGCUAGAACAUCUUCAAUCAUGGCGAGUUGAAAAUUGCUGCGUACCGAAUGAAAAAGAACUCGGAAGCCUCGCCAGCCGGGUACACUAAACAGAAGCGUUAGGCAGCUGAUGCUGCCGUGAACAAGUUACUUUCUAUAGCCUCGGUUGUUGACGUGGGCUCAUACAUUCAACAUGGAAACCUCUAAAUCACCUAGGAGCACAAAACAUCAUUCACGGUCCAGAUCACGUUCAAGGGACCGGAAACGCAAGUCAGGUGACAAGAAGCAUAGAAGAUCCCGGAGCAGAAGCAAAGAGGCACGACGGAGGGACCCGGAGAAGGCGCUAAAAUCGCAGAGCCGAUCGGAGGACAUACUGCAGAAUUCAGAUAAGGACCGCGAGAGGUUUUCUGAAGACAGCUGUGAGGACAGACACCGCAAAAAGGACAGAAAAUCCUCCAGAGGAAGAAGUCAGUCCAGAUCACGCUCAAGAGAAAGACGACAUCGCAGUCGAAGUCGGGACAAACGAAGGUCUCGCAGUCGUGAAAGGAGAUCAAAGAGCCGUGAGAAGAAGAGACGGCCCAGGUCACGAUCCAACUCAAGAAGCAAACACAUAAGGCGCAGCAGAAGCCGGAGCAAGAGCAGGGAAAGGAAGAAGAGGCCUGAAAAGCCAAGAAGGAAGAGCCGCAGUCGGUCUGUCAGCCCUGUGGCUUUCAGAGGCAGAAACACAGCCAUGGAUGCACAAGAGGCUUUGGCUAGGAGGUUGGAAAGAGCGAAAAAACUUCAAGAACAGAAAGAGAAAGAGAUGUUAGAGAAGCAGCAAAAUCAGCAACAGGAGAUCACAACAGCAGCAACAGCAGCUCCAUUGUUGGGUGAAAAUGCCACAGCUACUGCAGCCAGUCCAGGGCUGAAUGUGGCAGCACUGCUGGCGUCUGGCACACAGGUCACGCCACAGAUUGCUAUGGCAGCUCAGAUGGCUGCGCUACAGGCCAAAACAUUAGCAGAAACGGGCAUUGCUGUGCCAAGCUACUAUAACCCUUCAGCUGUCAAUCCCAUGAAGUUUGCUGAGCAGGAGAAGAAGAGGAAACUGUUGUGGCAAGGAAAGAAGGAAGGGGACAAGUCCCAGACAGCUGAACUAUGGGAGAAGCUGAAUUUUGGCAAUAAGGACCAAAACGUCAAGUUCCGCAAACUAAUGGGCAUUAAAGCUGAUGAUGAAAGUGGAUCAUCUGGUAUGCUCAAUGAUGAAGGCCUGAAGACAAUGCAGAAGCAGGAAGAAAUGUUCCGUAACUUGGAUGUCCAGUAUGAGAUGGCCCGGUCACAGACACAUACACAGAGAGGAAUGGGCCUUGGCUUCUCGUCAUCUUUUUCACGAGGAAUGGAUGCUGUUUGAACGGCAACUUGUACCCCUCUUACUCUUCCAUCCAUGUUCCAGCAGUUCAGGCUGAUUUUAACGUGUAUAGGAAGUUGACACUUUAGAUCGCAUGGAUGUUGGUCAAAUCUGUAAUUUAUUCAAACACCAAUUUUGUCUUGGAAGAAUUCAUAUGUAAAUACAGUCAUUUGUCUUACAUCUUUUUGGCUUGUACUACACAUCUCUCUGGAAAAUUAUGCAAAGGUGCAAUAUUGGUAUUGCAAAGCUUUAAGGACAAUUAGACUUGGGUCAACAAAAUGGUAACAUCUUUUAUUAAUUUUUUUUUAUUUCUUACUACAAGUCAGUUUUGUGUGAAUAGAACAUGAUUGUUUAGGAUCUUGCCGAGUAACACUUGAUCGAAACCUUUGCAUCAUCAAGACACAGGCAUAGUACCAUGACAGGUGUGCCAAGCUAUUGUAACUGCUUAUGACAGCCUCAUUAAAUUUUUGUUAGUCCCGAAGAAAA